AUGCCAAGAAAAAUUCAUUUUCAAGUUGUUUAUUCAUCAAGUUCUGAUGAACAAUAUCCUGCUAGUGAAUUAAAUCAUCAUGGACCAUUAGUUAAAGGUUGGCAAAGUAGUCGGUUUUGUUCAUAUCCUCAAGAACUUAUUCUACAAUUUGAACAUGCUGUACGACUUAGACGUGUACAAUUACUUGCUCAUCAGUUUUUAAUUGCAUCAAAAAUUGAAUUUUUUCUUGGAGAUUGUACUUCUGAUGAUAGUGUAAUACUUGAAAAUGCACGUUAUACUCGUCUUGGAUAUAUUGAAUUAUCGAGUAAUGAACGAACAGAGUUUAAAGCACGAGAACUUAAGUCAAUACAUGUGGAUGCUGAAGGAAUGUUUUUAAAAUUAAUUAUACAUAAAAAUUAUUCUAAUCGAUCGAAUUUCUAUAAUCAAGUAAGCAUUGUUGCAAUCAAUGUACUCGGUGACGAUAUUGACAAAUUCCAUGAAAACAGUGAAAAUCAACCAGAGACGACAACAACCAGAUCGGAUCAGAUCUCAAUCAUAGAUGAUCUAGCAUUUGCUAUGUAUCAAGAUCCUGAAAUAGCUGCAAUUAUAAAAAAUCUCGAUCGAAAGAAACAAGAAUGUGUUCGUGAUGAAAAAUUUGACCAAGCUCGAAAAUUUAAACAAGCUACACAAGAAUUAAUAAAAGUUGGAGAACGUCUUGCUCGUUAUGAGGUGGAAAAACGACAAGCUAUUGAAAAUGAAGAUUAUGAUAUAGCACAAUUAAAAAAAGAUAAAAUGGAACUUUAUCGUGCUGAAACAUAUAGACAAUUACAAGUACUAAAUCUUCUUGAUGUUGUUAUCGAAAAUGGUAAAGGAACUGACUUUUUAAAACGUUUACACGAAAUUGUAAACAAUGAACAACAUCAAAAUGAGUUUAAACAGGAGACUCCUCAUAUACCAAAACAACAAAAUUCUAAACGCACUCGUAAUACAGUACAAACUCGUCGUUCACCAGAAUCAAAUGUAUCUUAUAAUGGACCGCAAACUAUGCAUGAAUCAUCAACAUCUAUACAACCAGGACAUGGGAAUACAACACGUCGUACAAGUAUUGGUGUCGGUGGAAAUAGUGGUGGUUACGUAUCACCCGAUUUCCCGAAACCACCUACACCCUAUGAAGAUAAAGUUGUUCCAACAUUACGAAAUCGUAAUCGUACUGAUGGCGGACAUGGUCAUGGUUCAGUAAUGGGAAGUACUGAUAUUGGAGGAAUAAAUAAUGAAGAAACAGAAAGUAUGUAUGGUGGAACAAAUGUAGCAUCAAAUGAUGAUGCAACUGCUGGGUUAAAUCAAGCUGAAAUGAUUGAAGCUAAUCAAAUGAUGAUUGUUUUUGAUAAACAAUUGAUUGGUAAACUUUAUCAUCGAAAUCAUGAAGAACGUGAAAAAGCUUUAGAUGAAAUAUAUCAAAUAUUAAAAUCAUUUUCUGGUGAUCAUGAAGAUGCUCGAGCUUAUUUACGUGCUGGUAGUUUUGUUGUUGCUCGAAUGUUUCGUUUUGAUGUUCUUGCAACAUUUUCUCAUUCACUUAAACUUUUUCAUUUAUUAAUGAAUGAUUAUGUACGACAACAUUCGAUUCAAAAACAAGAUAUUAUUGCUAGUUUAGAACGUGUUUUACCUGUUUUAUUACAACGUACAGGUGAUUCAAAUGCUCGUUUGAGACAACGAGCACAAGAAGCUAUUAUUGAAUCAGCAUCAUAUCCAGAAUUAAAACCUUUACAUGUUAUACCACAUUAUUGUGUUUCACCAUUUAAUAAAACAUGUGCACCUAGAUUAGCUAUUAGUCGAUGUGAACUUAUUGAAGAAUUAAUGAAAAUAUUCGAUGUUAAAGCAGGUGAUAAUGGUUUAAAUGUUGAUAAUGUUAGUAAAUUUUGUGCACAAGCACUUGAACAUAAUGCCGGUGAAGUACGAGAAUUAGCUAUGAAAAUUUUCCUCAAUUUAUAUAAGAGUGAUGGAGCAAUUGUAAAACGUUAUCUUCCACCUGAUAAUGAUCAAACACGUCGAAUUAAAAAAUACCGUGAUAUUUUUGAUGCAUUCGAUCGAAUGGAUGGGAUAACAACGACGGAUCCGUCUGAAACUGGAAGAAAAUCAGUUGGAGUAUCAGAAACUGGAAAACGUGAUAGUCAAAAACAACAACAUACUGCUCGUGAACAACAAAAAUCUUUUGAUGGAAAAUCAACAAGAAGUAAAUCUCGAACACCAACUAGAUUCGAUCGAAAAACACCAACAACUAGUGUGGCUGAUGAAUCCGAGUUUACACCAGAAAAUACAUGUAUUUUUUGCGGUGAAAAAAAUGAAGAUUUUGUACGUGAUGGUCUCGAACAACAUUAUUGGACAAAUUGUCCUAUGUUACGACGAUGUCAAGAAUGCAAUCAAGUAGUUGAAAUAGGUAUUUAUGUUGAACAUCUAUUACGUGAAUGUGAAAAGAAAGGAAAAUAUCAACAAUGUCCUCGAUGUUCAGAAGCAAUAGGAAAUGAUUUUGAUGUUCAUAUUAAACUUAAAGAAUGUCAUGAAACUCAACCAAAUACAAGUCGUUGUCCAUUAUGUCAUACGAAUAUACCUGAAGGGGAUCAAUCAUGGCGUGAUCAUUUAAUGGAAGUUGAUGGUUGUGUUAAAAAUCCACGACGUAUUCAAGCAUUAAAACAUAAUACACAUACUUCACAACAGAAAGCAGUUGUUGUUCCAACAUCACAAGUAAAUAUAAUGAAAAAAUCAACAACAGGUGGACAAAAAAAAGUAACAACAACUGUUAAAUAA